UAUAUAAUUAAAACAAUUUUUAUUAAAUAUUUACAUAGGUAUUAGGUACAUUAAUAUUAUUAGAAACUUUUAAUUCCACUUAAUGCAGUCAUUUUAUGUUAUUAUUAUUAAUAUUAAAUUAAUGAAUUCAAAUUAAAUUAUUUAUUCCAAAUAUUUUUAAAACUUUUAGGUACCUAUCUACAUAUACAUAUCAACCUAUUACUUAAUUUUAAAGGAAAUUACAAUUUCCUAUGGGCAUUCAGAUAAAUUUUAGGCACAAUGUUGAAAUUUGGCAAAAAAGUUAUGCUCAACUAAAUGAAACAAAUAAGAACAUAAGAUCUCCAUUCUUCCAUCUCCUUCAUGUUCGUCUGCGUUGGAAAUUUCAUCAUCGGUCAAUAAUCAAAAUAUAGUCCAACCUCAAAGCAUACCUUCAAAAAUUGUAAAUUUUGAACUAUGUAACAUAUUAAACUCUACUCAAGGUGCUUUGAUAGUUGAUUAUUACAAAAGUCACAAUUGUUUGAAUGAUCAUAUAAGAACUUUAUUAGUUGAAAUAAUAAUCCAAGAAUUAAUAACAAAAAAAAUAUUAAUGUCCGUCACAUUGGCAGAAAAUAUUGCAAACCAAAUACAGCAACUUUUUUCAUCUGAAUUGAAGGAAAAUUAUUUCAUAAAAGAUCAUUCAAGACAGCCAAAAGGAAAGAUAUACUGUAAAUAUUAUAAUACUAUGAGAACAUUAAAAACAAGCGGGUUAAUCUUAAAACAUACAGAAAAAAAUGAAUUAAUUAAUAAAACUAAAAAUAGUAGUUUUAGUAGAUGGACUACUAAUAACUAUGAACCUGAAGAAGAUAUACAGUUAAUCUUAAACCAAAUUAAGCAUGAUAACUGUAGUCUUCCAGAACUUGAGCGGCAUUGGAGUUCAACUGUAAAUCACAGGUUAAAUGACAUUCAAAAGGCCACAACAACUCAGGAAAUAAUAAAAGAAUGGAAGAGCUAUGAAAUACCAAUGGGCUAUAAAUUAGUAUGUAACAUUUGUAUUUUAAAUUAAAUUAUCACAUUACAUGCGAAUAUUAAGUUUUGUUAACCAUGGUCAAUAUUACAAGUAAAUAACAUUGUGAAACAUAAGUAAAUCAUUAUAGAGCAAUAUAAGUUGGUAAUAACUAAGAAGUUAA